AUGAAAGGAUACGAAGACGAAACAGAAGAAGGAAUCAUUGCAAAAGUCACAGAGAAUAGCUCAUCGCGAGUAGGAGAAAUCGUAUUGUUGGACGAACAUGAAACUGCUCAAGGCGUUGCAGGCUUUCGUCUCCUCGAGUUAGGAAUGUCGGAUUACCGAAAUUAA